GCUAGAGGACCGGCAGGCGGCAGCAGCAGCAAGUACGGCGGCGGCGGCAGAACCCAGCAGUGAUGUGGAGGUGGAGACCCACAGGAGCUCCGGACUUCACCUGAGCUACCUCAGCAGUCACCAAGAGUGGCAAGAAAAAGAAGAAAGCCCUGAUUCGGGGGGGACCAGGAUGCCAGACCGAGACAACUAUGCGAAUGGCACUGGGAACAACGGCGGAGCCCCUGGAGGUGGCGGCAGUGAGGAGGCCAGUGGGGCAGGGGCAGGCAGUGGUGGGGCCAGCUCAGAUGCCAUAUGUAGAGACUUCCUGAGGAAUGUGUGCAAGCGAGGCAAGCGCUGUCGCUAUCGCCAUCCAGACAUGAGUGAAGUGUCCAACUUGGGAGUGAGCAAAAAUGAAUUCAUCUUCUGCCAUGACUUCCAGAACAAGGAGUGUAGCCGCCCAAACUGCCGAUUCAUCCAUGGCUCCAAGGAAGAUGAAGAUGGCUAUAAGAAAACGGGAGAGCUCCCCCCUCGGCUAAGGCAGAAGGUGGCAGCUGGCCUAGGCCUUUCACCAGCUGACCUCCCCAAUGGCAAGGAGGAGGUCCCUAUUUGCCGGGACUUUCUCAAGGGGGACUGCCAGAGAGGAGCCAAGUGCAAGUUUCGUCACCUGCAGCGGGAUUUUGAGUUUGACGCUCGAGGUGGAGGAGGCACUGGUGGUGGGGGCUCCACGGGCCCAGUUCUUCCAGGACGACGUCAUGAUCUUUAUGAUAUCUACGACCUCCCUGACAGGGGCUUUGAAGACCAUGAGCCAGGCCCCAAGCGUCGGCGAGGUGGGUGCUGCCCCCCAGAUGGCCCCCAUUUUGAGUCAUAUGAGUAUAACCUGGCUCCACCUCGAGGAGUAGAGUGUAGACUGCUAGAGGAGGAGAAUGCCAUGCUCAGGAAGCGAGUGGAGGAGCUAAAGAAGCAGGUCAACAACCUGCUGGCUACCAAUGAGGUACUGCUGGAACAAAAUGCCCAGUUCCGAAAUCAGGCCAAGGUCAUGACCUUGAGCUCGACUGCACCAGCCACUGAGCAGACUCUGGCCCCCACUGUGGGCACUGUCGCCACUUUUAACCAUGGCAUCGCCCAGACUCACACUACUCUCAGUAGCCAGGCUCUACAGCCUCGCCCUGUAUCCCAGCAAGAACUGGUGGCCCCUGCCGGAGCGCCAGCUGCUCCCCCAACAAAUGCUGCACCUCCUGCUGCUCCACCACCUCCACCCCCACACUUGAACCCAGAGAUCACACCACUGUCAGCUGCUCUGGCUCAGACAAUUGCCCAGGGAAUGGCACCCCCACCUGUCUCCAUGGCUCCUGUGGCUGUGUCUGUGGCCCCUGUGGCUCCUGUGGCUGUCUCCAUGGCCCAACCCUUGGCAGGAAUCACAAUGAGCCACACCACCACUCCCAUGGUGACUUAUCCCAUUGCUUCCCAGAGCAUGCGAAUUACAGCCAUGCCACACUGAGGGGCUCAUGGACAUUCCCCUUGGUAUAGUCUCCCAGGGCUAGGAUCCAGGGAUGUUGACCCACUCUCCUAGCGCUCCAGGCUCUGUCUGAAGGGCUUGUUCAAGAACUAGGACAAGAGACUCCAUGGAGUUUGCUUCUGAGAAGGAGCUGAGCAGGUGUUUGUCUCACUUCCCUUUUAUGAGGGUUCUCUUGUCCAUCUUCCUUCAAGCCUCACAGAAAAGGCUUGUGUAGGAGACUGAAGCCUGCUGAGAGGAAGGACUGACUGAGGGGCUCAUUGUCUCUGAUGGGAAGUUGGGGAUGGGGUAUCCCUGUCUUGUUCCUCUUCUCACAGCCCAGGUUCUAGCACUGGCUUGGAAGAAAAAAAAUAUCAAGCCCAGAGGGAAAGCCAAAAACAGUGGGAAGUGGGUGGCCAGAAGAGAAGGCCUGAUAGGAGCCUUCAGACAAUUUCGGGCUUAGUUGAGUUGGACAAUACAGUUGACAACUCGCUUCUGGGCCCCUAGGAAGGUGGGGACCAUAGUGCUCCAGCCCAAAAGAUGAGGGGAACACUCAUUACCUUGACUUGACCUGGAAAUCUAUAGGGCAGGGCCCACCACUUUCCAAAGAAAUAAAAGAACAAUUAUUUUUAACAAA